CGUUCAGAGGUGGAGGCUCUUGGGGUUUCCGUUUCCGUUUUCUGAGAGAGGAACUAUCGGUGGAGGAGACGGAGUUGGGGAUUUGAAGAAACGGGAAUAGUAGGUAGAAGGAGAAACGGUGGUAGGAACGAUUGAGAACGCGGACGGGGUCGACGAAAACGAACCUGGCUGGGAUAGUGACGCCCAUUUCUAACCAGUUUCGAAAAGGUUCGCUCAUGCUGGAGGGAGCAUCCGCACUUAGUGAUCGGUCCGCUAGUUCGUGCAAAUCCGAAUAAGUUAUCACGGACCAGCCACAUGCAGGGAAACUUGCACGUGUGAUUCUUCCGAACAAGAGAGGGUUAUUCACUGGCAUUUUAGAAAGUGCAAUCGCUCCUGAUGGACAUGGUCGAUAAUAAUCAAAAUAAGCAAAGACCAGGGUUUUCAAGAAAGCUUGGUGUCAAUGAAAAAGUGGAGGUGAGGAGUGUGGAUUUGGGGUUUCUAGGAUCAUGGCACCCUGCGACAGUUAUACAGUGUGAGAAGCUGAAGCGGCAUGUCAGAUAUAACAAUGUUUUGGAUGAUAGUGGGGUGAAUUAUCUUGAGGAGGCAGUGAGUGUUUCAGAAGCUUUGGAUGGUGAUAAUGAAUGUUACAGCUACUCGCGUGGAUCCAUUAGGCCAAUGCCUCCUUUGGUUGAGUUUGAGAGAGGGGACCUUAAGUUCGGUCUGUGUGUUGAUGUGAACUAUGAGGAAGCUUGGUGGGAAGGUGUUAUAUUCGACGACCACUGUGACGGAAUGGAGAAGAGGAGUGUGUUUUUUCCCGAUUUGGGUGAUGAAAUGCAAGUUGGAAUUCAUCAGUUGCGGAUUACUCAGGACUGGCAUGAAGUUACUGGGGAGUGGGAGCAGCGGGGGAACUGGGUGUUUCUUGAUUUGGUUGAGGAGCAGAAGAGGAAAUCGUUUGUUGCAGUUUCGGCUAAGCAGAUUUGGUAUGAUGUACGCAUAAAAAAUGGAUUUGAGAAGAUUCGAGAGUGGACAUGUAAUAUGAAGUACUUGUGGAGAAAUCUGGUAAUGGAGGUAAUUAAUGACUACUUAUCUCUUACGGUAAAUGAAGUUAUCUUAGUGUUGAAUCUUCCAUGGAGUUUAUUAAAUGAAGCACCGGAGCCCGAAUCUGUUGAAGCUAUGGCUAGUGUUGACUUAAGCGUGACCUUUCCUGAUAAGGAAAUUGUUGUGCAGAAAGAACCAGUUCCUCCUGUUAAAGAGGUCUUACCCAAGUUGCAAAAAGAAAUUGGCCCCUGUGGUGCUUUCUGGUCUGAAGAAAGUAGAGAAAAUAAAUCCUCAACUCAUUUAAGGUCACACUAUUGGAAACCUCUGAAGUUGUCUGAAGUUGCAUUAUGCCCUGAUGCUGUUAGGGAAUAUCUACUUGCUCCCAACCGAGCAGAUAAGGCAUUGUGGAUGGAAAAAUUACAAAAACAUCUUGUAUGUCUUGGAUGGAAAAUUGAGUGGUCAAAUAAAAAUAAUAUUAAGCGUUACAGGUAUAAUGUUCCUGAUAAGCAGGGCAAAAAGUUUUACCUUUCGCUCAUUGAAGUUUGUAGAGAUAUGGAAAAGGACCCCGGCACAAACUCCUUGCAGCUCCAAAAUGAUCAGAGUAUAGUUGAUCCUACAGUAGACUGUCAUCUUCCAGAUGUGCCUCUUAAUCCAUCAGAAAAUAUUCAGAAUCCAGAUAUCUUUCCUCCAACUAUUUCAUCUUCUCUGGUUGAAGAUGAAGUUGAAGAUGUACCUAAGUUUUGUCCUGAGGCUGUUGAGCAGUAUUAUCGCUCGUAUAUAUCCAACAUGAGUCGGGCUGAUAAAAAACAAUGGAUACUGAAAGCAAAGAACCAUUUGUUAGCCGAAGGAUGGAUUUUUGACUAUCCACCUCCAACUAAUAAGAAAAGGGGAAUAAUAUACAUUUCUCCACUAAAUCGAAGAUUCCCAACACUCCAUGCAGCAUGCAGAUUUUGUAUGGGAAAAAGUAUUUCUAAAUUGGCUAGGUCUGACAUGAAACAUUUAAAUGUCUCAGGCAUGAAUGAAGAAAAUGUUGAUCAGGUUUGGAGCGGGGAUCUAGUUUGUAGAUCAGCUGGAAAUCUAGUUUGUAGAUCAGCUGGAAAUCGAAAGCGAAAGAGCUUGGGGAAUUCAAAGGCCAACAUACCCAAGUGCCAAAGCAAUGGAUUGACUCUACGGGUGCUAAGAUCAAAAAAGAGGGCACAAAAGGUGUCUGCCCCUUCUCUUAUAAAUCAUAAACCUCUGAAUGUUCUGUCUUACUUGAUAGACAACAGCAUCAUCUUACCAAGGUGUAAGGUUUAUUAUAAGGUGAAAGGCAGGCACCGUAAAGUCUGUACUUUGGCUGAUGGGAAAAUAACUCGUGAUGGAAUCAAGUGUAACUGUUGCAUGGGAAUAUACAGUUUUGUUGGCUUUGAAAAUCAUGCUAGUGGUAGUAGUACUUGCAGACCCUCUGCUAGGAUCUUUUUGGAAGAUGGUAGAUCACUAUUAGAUUGCCAGAUAAAAAUGAUGCAUGAUCAUAAGACAAGGGAAACUACUGGAAAAUCAUUCAGUGGUUUGUCUCUAGUUGAGAAUGACUACAUUUGUUCUGUUUGUCACUAUGGUGGUGAACUUAUUUUAUGUGAUAAAUGCCCGUCUUCAUUUCAUAAGACAUGUCUUGGUUUGGAGGACAUCCCUAAUGGUGACUGGUUUUGUCCAUCAUGUUGUUGUGGGAUUUGUGGCCAAAGGAAAAUUGACGGAGAUGAUGAGGUUGGACAAUUACUUCCUUGCAUUCAGUGUGAACAUAAAUAUCAUGUUAGGUGCCUGGAAAAUGGAGCUGCAGAUAUAUCAACAAGAUAUCUUGGAAAUUGGUUCUGUGGAAAAGACUGUGAAAAGAUAUAUGAGGGCCUUCAUAAAUUAUUAGGAGAGCCAGUUUCGGUGGGUGUGGACAAUCUAACUUGGACAUUGGUGAAGUUUAUCAACCCCGACAGUUGUGAACAUGAUAGUAGUAAAAGUGACUUAUUGGCAGAAAGUUACAGCAAGCUCAAUCUUGCUAUUUCGGUGAUGCAUGAAUGUUUUGAGCCCCUUAAGGAAUCCUUAACAAACAGAGAUCUUGUGGAAGAUGUUAUAUUCAGCAGAUGGUCAGAGCUAAACAGAUUGAAUUUCCAGGGUUUCUAUACUGUGCUACUUGAGAGAAAUGAAGAACUAAUUAGUGUGGCAACUGUUAGGGUCUAUGGGAAGAAGGUUGCUGAAAUACCUCUUGUUGGUACCAGAUUACAAUAUCGUCGACGUGGAAUGUGUCACAUUUUAAUAGAAGAGCUUGAAAAGAAGCUCAAGCAAUUAGGGGUGGAGAGGCUUGUUUUACCUGCUGUUCCUAGUGUGCUAGAAACAUGGACCCGCUCUUUUGGUUUUGCAAAGAUGACUAAUCUUGAGAGAUCUCAAUUUCUGGACUAUACUUUCCUAGAUUUUCAGGGUGCCAUCAUGUGUCAAAAGCUCUUGACGAAUAAUAAUCCAUCUCCGAAUCCAGUCUUGUUAACAGAGUCACAAGCAAAAUGUGAUGUUUCUUCUGGAAGUUGCUGUGCUAACCUCAGUGAGUCUAGUCCAGUAUGUGAAUUAUACCAAGUAGAAGAGAUUGAUCUAGGAGGGAUGAUGAAUCAUCAAAUGGAGUAUACUUGUGCUGGCAAAAAUAAUCAAGUUAUUGGUGCUAUUGACCUAGUCACCAUUGUGGAGCAACCGAGUCCUGGGGAUCAACAGUGCCAGAAUGGAACAACCAGCUUAGAGUGCUCUAUUGAUAAUAAUGGCCUGUAUAAGUGCGUCUACACGCGAAGGAAAGUGAGAAAGUCAUGUGAAGGAUUUAGCAUGCCAUCAUGAGCGUGAGCUUGCUUGCAUUACACGGAAGAUGAUCAAUUCUCCAUCUGUCCACAGUAACUCCAAAAGUUGAGUUUUUGCACAUACUAGUAUGAACUACCUUGUACAAAAACUCUACUUUUCUUACAAUCUUGCACAACUGCACUUUUGCAUACCACAUGGUGUUACAACCUUGCACCACUGCACUUUUGCCUUCAUGUGAGUUUUGUAAAGUAAAAAUGGUAAAUUUGAGUGAGAGGUCACUUGUAUUAACAUUACUUUUCUUAUUUUAAAAUAGGGUAAAUAGUAACCUUUGUUCCUAAA